AUGUCGUCGCGUAUUGAAAAGGGUGGUGCUCGUUUCAAGCCCUCCAUCGUGCCAAGGAGGUCUGCUGGAGGGGCAGCAGCUACUGGCAGCACACCCUCGUCUGCCAUCUCUACUCCUGAGCAGGCAUCACAGCAGCAGCAAACAGCUGGCUCUCAAGCCGGUCCGCCUCCAUCUCCAUCGCUCGCGCCAGCCUACCAGGCUCGUGCACCUUCCAAUCGAACGAGUGUCCCAAUCACGGCAUCACGCUCCACUGCCACAGCAUCACAAACUGCUGCGACACCUGCAAAGUCGCAAAGCUACGCGUUCAGUGCCUCGACCCCGGUCAUCUCAAAGCCUGGACCCUCGGCGUCUCCGCGCACCAGCAUCGCUGCAGGUCAGCCUUCUGCAAGCGCAGCCAAGCCAAAGCCUGUUUUCAACAGGCCUACCGUCAUAAAACCCAGACCUGGCUCAAGGGCUUCGCUGACCCCAGCACCUCAAUUUUCUCAUCCUACUGCCUCGACCUCGACCUUGACCUCAACACAGCCUUCCGAUGCCGCCCCAGCAACAGAAGUUUUGUCGGCCAUCAACCAAGGUGUUGAAGCAGAUCCUGACCUGACCGCGCCGUCUGCGCGCUCGGAUGCUCCGCCUAGUAUCGGAGGACCACGCAGAUCUAGAAACGCCAAUGCAAGCUCGAUCCAUGCAGGAGCGGGACGUAGCUCCGGUUCGACUGCAGAUGAACCCGCCGCAGAAGCAAUGGUCGACAAAGCUUCACAGCCAGAUCCGUUCCAGGCGCCACAACGCGCGACACGAUCCAAAGCGGUUCCCAGCAGCAUCGUCACUGGUACAGCUGCCACAGUCAAGGAGAGUGCAUCUCAGCAAGAGGCACAAUCUUCGACGCGAUCGACGAGAAGGUCAACAAUGUCAGCAACACAAGCCAAUGCAGCUCAAUCUGACGUGAAUGAUGCCACCACAUCCUCGGUCGCUAGCAACAAAGGCAAAGGCCGAGAAACUGCAGACCAAAGCAACCUCGCCUCAGCCUCCCACUCGGGCUCUGCAUCGCAACCUAUCAAGCCAGGGUCGCGACCGCGAGAGAACUCUGUCGAAGAGACAGCCGAACAGAAGGCUGCCAAGGCGGCUGAGCGCAGGCAAAAUGCUGCUGCUCGCUUGAACAAGCGUCGGCUCAAGCGAAAGGAGCAAGCUUCAGGCAAGCCUCGACGCCCGCUCUCUGCCUAUCUCCUCUUUGUCAAUGCGAACCGCGCAGAUCGACAGGCUCAAAACCCAGGUAUGUUGCUCACAGAGCUCACAAGCCAAAUGGCUGCCGAGUGGCGCGACCUCGCACCCGCACAACGAACAAAGUGGGAAGCUGAGGCAGCACUUCUCCGACAACAGUACGACUCAGCGCUCGACGCAUGGAAGUUGGCUCAUCCCGAAGGUAUCACACUUGGGCCUGAGGACGAGAGCGAUAUGGAGACUACCUCAGAACUUGGCGAUGAUGGCGAGCCAGUCAGAAAGAAGAAGCGUCGUGUCACUCGCUCUCGCAAGCCGCAUACAGUCUCGGAUGAUGAGGAAGAAUAUCGCAAGCAGGCGUACGAAGAAGGUCCGCAGUUGGCUGCUAGUCGUAUCGAUCCUGCCAACGUCACCAUGGCUGACAUCAGCACGGUUGACUACAGGAAAGGUCGAGCUGGGCCAAGGACCUUUGAAGCUGAUCGGGUGUACAGGAGGCUUGUCAGUGAAAGAAGGGCAGCUGCACAAUCCGCUGUACUUGGAGAGCAUGUGCUGGGUGAAAAGGUCAACAAUGCUUCACCCUCGCCUGCGCCAGCAGGUCGUAUCGUAAGGACGACAAAUGGAGUGCCCAUGGAAGCUGAUGCAGAAGAAGUGCUCGAAGGAGAGGGGGAAGUUGUAGGCGGUCAAAGCGGCCACGACGACAACGAUGCAUCCGGCGUCAAAGAGUCUGCACCUGAAACAGAUGCUGACGGCACUACUGACGGCGAAGGGGAACCCUCUCUCAGCAGCCGCAUUGGCCGGAAGAAACGCGAAACAUCCGUUGCAGCUACCGACGUCUCUUUCCGAGAGAAUCGAUUCGCCGUCCAAACGCGUAUCGUCGACGGCAAGAUUGUUCUCGACGAGACCUCACUCUUCGCCAACUACGGCAAUGGCGAGGACGACAGGGACAAUAUGGAAGUGGUUGACGAGCGUGAAGGUGAUCGCUUCGUCAACGCUGCCACCUACUCACGCAAGCUCGGUCGCAACAGGAAGUGGUCGGCAGACGAGACGGCCAAGUUCUACCGCUCACUCCAGCAGUGGGGUACAGAUUUUGAGAUGAUCGCUCGUCUCUUCCCCGGCAGGGAUAGAGUGAUGAUCAAGAAGAAGUUCAACGUGGAAGAGAGAAGUAAUGUCCGGUUGGUGGACGAGGCACUCAAGAAUUCGAUUCCGGUCAAUCUGGAGGCUUAUGCAGCAGCUAUUGGGGUCGAUCUUUCAGGACCGCCGCCGGAAAUCAAAGCUGAUCUUCAGGACAUUGAGGCUCUCGCUGCCGCCAAUCCAGACUCAACAGCGGCGAUCAAGAAACGUGAAGCGUCAGCUCCGAUUAACGGACGCAGGGGAGAGAGAAGCGAUGCGGAGGAAGGAGGAGACGACGAUGACGGUUACGAGUACGAAGAGGUCGUUGACAUUGAUGCUGAUGGCAAUGAGCAGGUCAUUCGGAGGAGAUUGGGGAAGAAGCCGGGACUUAAGGGCAAGAAGAGGAAGAAUUCGACAAGGAAGGGCUCGUUGAGUACGCCUGCUCCUGCUCCUGCUCCUGCUCCUGCUCCUGCUCCUGCUCCUACUCCAGCAGAAGCUGGUGCCAACGAGGGCCAGGAGACAGCGGCUGAAGAAGCUAGCGCAGGCAGAAUAGGCGGUCCACCCUCGAUUGGUAGCAAGAAAACCACAAGGUCCAGCACGCUCAAAAAGACGGGUAGCAACAAGGACAGUAGCAAGGGGGCGCCGGGUGAUGGUAUGGAGGUUGAGGAAAUUAUUGGCGAGGUCUAG